AUGUUAACAGGACUUGUUGCUUGGGUCCUAAACAAUUAUUUAGGAAAAUAUGUGGAUAGCUUAAACACUGACCAACUCAGCAUUGCCCUUCUCUCAGGCAAAGUUGAGUUGGAAAAUCUACCACUACGAAAAGAUGCCCUUUAUAACUUAGGACUGCCCAUUGAGAUCAAAAAUGGUUUCAUUGGCAAAAUCAAACUACAAAUCCCUCUUAGGCAAAUCAGAUCUGCUCCAUGGGUGAUUGCAAUAGAGAAACUGUACUUGGUGGCCAGUCCACUCUCAGUUAAUGAAUGGGAUGCUGAAAAGGAACAAAAUGCUCUUCAGAAAAUCAAAUUAGCUGCAUUGGAUAAUAUAGAAUCUAGAUGGAGAUUGGAAACUGAGUCUAAAGAGAGCAAUACAACAUACUAUGCAUCUAGUUAUUCUUCUUGGUUGGGUGUUGUGACUGGGUUUAUGACUGAUAUUGUUGAGAAUUUGCAGCUACAAAUAAAAGAUGUACAUAUUCGCUAUGAAGACUCGUACACCAUACCGGACAAAACCUUUGCCUUCGGCUUCACGAUCGAGUCUCUUACAGCGCAAAGCUGCGACUCGAAUUGGUCGCCUACAUUCUCCCACUGGACGAAAACGGGUGACUCUUUCAAGCUCGUAGAGUUACAAAACUUUGCCAUUUACUGGGAAGAUUUGAAUAAAGAAGGCAUGUUCUAUGACAACAACAGAGAAGAUCUAGAGAAUGACAUGUCCCAGAAUCACACCUCCAAAACAGUCAAGAAUUAUCUGAUUCCCCCGGUUAGUGCGCAGGCGCACAUGAAACGAAAUCGUAGUGAAAAACCUCUUAGAUCUCAGGACACACCUCGAAUCGUCUGCGAUCUAAUACUCAAAGAAGUGCCGAUCAUCCUACUCGAGUGGCAAUACAAUCAAAUAGUGGGGUGCUUCCGCGGCCUGGACGUGGUGUCGCGUCUGCGCAGCUACAGAAGAUACAAACCUAGCACGUCCGUACGCGACGACCCGAGAGCCUGGUGGUUCUACGCCGUCAGUGUUUUCUAUCCGGGCGGCCAGCCCGAGAUAUGCAGGCCGAAGCCCACGUGGGACACGGCCCAACGAAUGGCCAGAGAAAACGUGCAAUACGUCCAAAUCUAUAAGAAAACCCUAAUCGCUCCAAAUCUCGCACUCAGCACAGAGGAGAAAAACCUCAAGGACGCCGUCGAAUGGGACCGGGAACUAGAUCAACUUAAAGUUUUAAGACAAAUCGCGAUGAAAGCUGUUCAGUUGCCGGAUCGUAACGGAAACACCAGCAAAAGUACCGGCAGGAGCAUGUUAGAGAGUUGGUUUCCGCAGUGGAUGGGGUGGUACUCGAAUACCUCGGCCGAAGCUCAAGAUGUUGCGCAGACUGAAAACGCGAUAGAAGAAGAACUGUUUCAAGCACUUUCCGACUCUGCAGAAAAUAACACUAUACUUAAACGGGACUCCGUCUUUGGCAAAUUUAACUUUUCUCUCACUAAAGGUUGUUUAGUUUUGUGUUCUUUCAUUGAAGAAACCAAAGAAAGUGUAUCAAUGUUGGAGUUGGAGUUUAAGAAUUUGUCGCUGACGAUUUUGAGUAAACCAAGAAGUCAGUCGCAUUUGGUUGAAUUGUCUUUGGGUACCUUGAAUCUCAAGGAUAAAACUACGCCCAACUCUUUGUUCCCCAUUUUGGUCGGCCCACCAGGUUUUGAACGAUCCCAUGGGGCAAGACCACGAGGUUUACAAAGUCCCAGGGUCAAUCUAAGCGAAAGCAGACUGGAAGAUAACACCGACUUGUUUUUCUUGUCUUACGAAAAGCGUGCUUUAAGCACAGGAAGCGACUACAAGUUGUGCAUAAAGUCAAAAAGUUUGGACGUGGUGUACCAACCGAACGCGGUUCGAUGGCUGACUGAAUUCAUAUGUGCGCCACAUCAGCGGGAUCUUGCCCAAUCGAGGAUCGAAGCGAUGAAAACCAGGACCAAGAAGGAACUGUUCAAAAACUGGGAACACAUGCUGGACGGCAGGGACGCGGCACGUACAUCCUGGGACUUGGAGUUCGACAUAUCCGCUCCCCAAAUAAUUUUCGUCGAACAAUUUAGCAAUGAGAACUCGUCGAUGGCUGUGAUUGACUUUGGACGGCUUCAGUUGCGCAAUAAUCCGCAGAGUUUGGACCAAAAAGCUCAAGCUGCAAUUUCUAAGGACAGCGAAGAAGAUGAAACAUUUUUGACUCCAUGUUCGACGCCGCCUCAAAGCGAAGCAAGUGAAUCCGACGAUAUUCCGGUUAAUUUUAACCCACCGUUCGACGAUAAUCCAGACCUAAAUGAGGCUAAUUUACAUAAAAAAUUGUAUGACAGUUAUUAUCUGGAUCUCACAGAUCUUCAAAUUCUUAUUGGGAAAGUAAAAGACAAUUGGAGAUAUGCUCACAACAAAGGCACAUCCAAACUGCAUAUUUUGGAUAGGUUCAAUAUUUCUUUACAAAUCGAGAGAAGGGUAGUUCAUACAUCAGAUCCUCAGUAUCCGAGUCUAACACUCAACGCUAAUCUGCCAAAACUUGUGGCUCACAUCAACGAGAACAAGAUCAACUCAGCUAGGAUGCUGUGGCAGAUAAUUUCGGUUACAGGUUUGCCAUCUCCAUUUAAAACACCACCGUCCGUUGCGGAACCGAUCAGCGAGUCCGACCACGACGAAGAGGACUCAGUUAGCAUGGACACGACAAGUUUGGAGAUGUCAAGACUCUUGAUGGUGCAAUUCACCGUUGAUCAUUUGUCGUUAGAGGUACAGAGUCGGGAGAGAAGUGUGGCCGAACUUCAAGUAGCCGGAGUUAAAAUUGCCUUCACCAAGAGAAUGAUUGAUGUGAACGUCACACUCACAGUGCACAGCUUGUUACUGGUUGAUGCACUUCAGACAUUUGGUCAAGAUUUCGAAUUAUUGGUGGCUAGUCACAAACACGUCGGAAUGGAUUCAAUGUCGGGCAGUUUGCGGGACAGUGAACCAACUUCACCAACAUCACCGGCCAGUCCAGAUCCGAACGUGCAACGUUCUUCUACAUCACCGGUAGCUUUAAAACAAGCGUUAAGCUCGUUGGCUACGACACCGCCUCAAAGAUGGGCCAUGCGAGUUCCCGCCUUAGAUGCUGAGGCACUCAUCACAAUUGAUGUUGUAUUGGUUACUGGACAGGAGCCAAUGCAAAUCGCCAACGUGCAAUUUAACAAUCUGGAUAUAAUUGCAAAUCAAGAAACAAUAGUUGAAUUGGUAGGAUUCAUUAGAAGGGUGUUUCCAAACUCACCAAGGACGUCUGGCAUAAAUCUGUCAUCUGUGGUACCCUCCAGCGUAAACGACUCCAGAGAAACACUUUCAGAGGACGAUUCAAUUAAGUCUUCUAAAUGGGGUUGCACUAAACUCACCUUUGAUUUUCAUCGUCUCAAUGUCUUGCUUUUAAGAGGUAUUUUCAAAGACGGGCAGUUGUUUGGGAAGAAAAUCUGUACGGCCACUAUGAGCGAAGCCAAAAUUCAAGCAAAUGUCGCCAACAAUCUGGAAAUUGAGGGUAGUUUGGGUGGUCUUCAAGUGGUGGACUUGACACCUGAAGGCCACAUGCACCAACGCAUCGUGAGCGUUGGUAGAGAUCCUCUACUGGAAACGCCACAUCCAAUAUACUUCAUUUCACAACCACAAGAUGAAAGAACUGCUUUUAGUUUUAAAGUAGUUAGAAGUCUCGAACGACUGGAUGACAAAGACACUGCUGACAUCACAAUUAGAAUGGCAUCACUUUGGUACACACAUUCACCGCAAUUUGUGGUGGAAUUACAAUCUUGCGCCACGGAAUUUAAACAAUAUCUUUCCAAUUUGGCUCGUUCUAUUAAAACUGCUGCUACCGACAUGGCUUUGGGUCUGGUUAAUGCGAGAGCUGAGGCUUUGUUGUCGCAGUCGUUGUAUAUGAACGCGAAGUUAUCGUCAUCGAUGUACAGUAGUGCAUUAUCUUUUUACGACGCUCCUUCUCCAAGACGACGGCGCAGAAGCAGUUCGAUGGAAGCAUCCGGAUAUUGUUCGGCCAGAGACACAGUGCCUCAAACUCCUUACAGUCCAGCAGAUGACGAUGAUUUUGUCAUAGACAUCAAUUUGGACGUUGUAUUAGACAGUCCAGUAUUAGUUCUCCCAAGGGCGUCGAAGAGUACUCAAGUAUUUGUAGCACAUUUGGGUAAAAUUAGGAUAAACAAUAGGAAUUUGACCGAUAAUCACAGCAACGGUUAUCAUUUGGAUUAUACGGUUUCAAGAACUGAACACUACGACAUUGAAGUCAAAGACAUGAACUUGUAUUCCCUUGAUACUGGACCCAGACGUGUGCCAGGACCAAUGAUUCCCAAACCAGAAAUUUUAUAUAACUGCGAAACUCACGCAAAACCAAUCCUACACGACACUAUAAUCCAAUUAAACAUUGAACGGGAAAUCAGCAAGACAAUGGAUACGCGAAACAGCAGCGAGUCCAACUUACUCCUGGAGGAAGAGGAAAACAUAAUCAACGUCCAAAAUAGCUCACAAUCUGUGCAGGUCACAGGGACAAUAGUUACUGCUCUGAAAGUGUCUCUCACGCGGUCACAGUACGAACAAGUUUUGGACACUGUUCAGUGGUUGACGUCUUCACCCGCUUUGACUGAAGCCCAGGGAAUCAGCAGAGUUCAUUCUAGACCUCCUCCAAUUUUGACGGAUAUUAGCGAAGAAGAUACAGGUGUUACAACUUUGAAUAUGGAUCCGCAUGUUAGGGCGAAAAUGUUUCCAGGCGUUCAGAUAUUACCCAAAAACAAGCAGAGCUCACAGAGUUUUGUCGCCAUUAAAGUUGGCUUUGAAGUUCCCAUACUAACGAUUGAAUUAAUCGGCGAUUCGCCGACUGGAGAACAAGCUCUGGUUGAUCUUUCGUUCAGAGAGUUCGUUUUUAACUAUGAAAAGUCGCACAAAUACGAAACUAAUAUGCAGGUGUCUCUGCGGUCUAUUUUUAUGGAAGACCUCCUCCAACCUGAAACAUCAAAACAACGCUCCAUGGUUAUCUCCUCCUCUGGGGAAGAACACCCAUUCGGUGCUUCAUGUGUGUCUCGUUCUUGUCCGGACGUAAGUUACCACCAUCAAAUGCCCAGUCCCAUUCACGGUUCCCUACCGGACCAUCUAGAGACCGCCAGAGUUUUCGGCGUCGAUCCCAUCCAUUCCAACGUCCUGGGCCAGUGUAUUAGCGGCACGACGAGCAAGUUUCCCUGUACUCCUCCACCGUCGCCACAAAGUCAAGCCCGGACUAGGCCGGAGAAGAAUUUGGUGCUGAUCAGCUCCUUGUUAGUCGAUCCUUCAGCGCCGAAUUUCAGCACGUAUUACAAUUCGAUGCAGCGUUCUACGUACGUCGACUUUAAUUGCCUGGAUCUGAUAAUUAGCGUCGAAUCUUGGGUGGUGGUGUUGGAUUUCUUCAGCGCCUCCCCGUCGAGCAACACUUCGGUCUCCACUCACAAUGUAAAUGCCCAAAUCGACGAAAGGAAAGGUUUAUUUAAACAAAACACUGAAACUCACAUUUCAGUCAGGUCUCUAUCGUUGACUAUCGUUAAACCUGAAUAUGACAUCGCCAAAGCUAACAUAUCAAAGGUCGACUUCGCGAUAAACACCAGUGGGUUAAAGAAAAAAGUGGAGGGUAAAUUAGGGUCUUUGUCGUUGUUGGAUCUAACUCUGCACGGACAAUUAUACAGAGAACGUUUCAUGACGUCAGGCAAACACGCCGUUCAAUUCCAAUACGAAAGACACACGCCAACUGUUGAAAAAGAUUACGACGCCAAAAUAACCAUCGAUAUGUCGUCAGUUAUGUACGUUCAUACUAAACGGUUUGUAGCAGAAAUUCAAGCCUUCUUCAAUCACUUCACGCAGCUCCAGUCAGUGAUGAAAAGUAUCAGGUUGGCCACCAGUGGACAACUGGUGAAGGAUGAGCCUACAAAACUUCUGAUUAACUUGCAGGCGCACUCACCGAUUAUUAUGUUGCCGGAGAGCUCAAAGUCGACGAACAUUCUCAUUGUGGAUUUGGGACAGCUAUUGGUGAGGAACUCUUUCAAGCAUUCCGGAGACGAAGGAACGAUUAGUAUGGAUUCGAAAAAGUCGCAAAGAAAAUGUCUUUUGGAAGUUAUGACCAUAGAACUUGAAAAUAUGGAUCUGUAUACCGGGGUCAAGAAUACAGAAUUGAAUCCCACCAAACCUCCAAAAGGUGCGGAAACGUUUAAAUUUGGUAGCAGUAGGAUAACCAAAAAGGGAACGUCGCUGUUGACAAAGAAAAUUCAGUUUAAGCUUCAAGUUGAAACCAACAUGAACAACAAUGUUUGUCACAAUGUUCCAGAUAAGAGUAUUUAUGGAGAACUAUCCACCUUAGAUGGUGUAUUGGAGUUGUCUCAGUACAGGUUGAUCCGCGGAUUGCUGGCGUACAACCUAGGAGAGGAAAGAGUUCCGGAAACAAUAACAGAACCGUCUAUUGACGCAGAGAUAAACAUCACGGACGUGUGGACCACGUUUUCCUUAAAAUUAGACCUACAAAACGUAACGUUGAGACUAUUAAAAGACCACAACGUAGUUCCUAUAACUUGCAUUAACUUCAUCAAGUCUCGCUUGUUGGUUGAAACCUUCAGCGAUGGCGGUCGUGACGUCGACUUGGUGUCGCAGGAAAUACUCAUCAGGGACACACGUUUCCACGGUACUGAAGCCACAUCACCCAACGUUUUCACUAACAUUUUACAGCCAAUAAAAAACUCCAAACAAAACGAGCUACAAGUGGAGAUUCACAGUAGAUCCCGCGGCCUUCGUACCAAAUCAACCAUUUUGCUCAACAACAUGAGACUGAUGGCCAUCUUUGAUUGGUGGGAGGCUGUGCGGGAAUACAUAUUCCAAAACAUCGAUAACGUGCCAAACAGUCCUGAGCAUCAGAAAGCCAUUGCUACAGCCAGAAAAGCCGAUCCGGAUAUUUACGAGGUUAAACUCAACAUCACCGAUUCUGAGAUUGUCAUCCUUGAGGACAAUUCAAGGUGGGACUCCAACGCUGUUAUUUUUAAGACAACUACGGUGUUAACGUACAAACCGGCUAACACGGAGAAGCCACUUUCAUGUGCUUUGAACAACUGUGAAAUGUUCUCAUGUAUCUUGGGGAUGGAAGAAGAAACUGCCCUAUCUAUUAUUGAUCCAGUUACUUUAAGUAUUGAUAUUAUAAACCGAGAGAAGUUGGAAAUUCAACUACCUUAUUUAAAAGUACGAUUGUCUUACCAUGACAUGUGCAUGUUUCUGAGAAUUUUAAAGUCAUUACCUAAUCAAAUAUUCGUAUCUGAGAAGAAGGAGGUGGAAAUAUCCACUAGUUUAAGGGGCCAAAUUUCAACAUUAACAGCCUUAGGCUUUAAGCCUGAAGACUGUAUUGAAGCCCUCGAAAAGUGCGACAAUAAAAUAGACGACGCAGCUAUUUGGCUAACUCACAACGCCUCUCCUACAUUUGAUAUCAAAACUAAACCAACUGGAAUCAGAGAUGUCGAAUUUCGAUCUACGUGCGUUUCCAUCUGUAUCAUCGACGAUUGCGGUGAUUCAGAUGUUCCUCUACUCGAAUUGAGCUUUUCAGACGUGGUUCUGACUCAGAUUUUGCCAUAUUUGAAUCUACCACACCCGAUUUACCCUCAGGGAUCUUUAAAUUGCACUCUAGUCAGCGACUAUUACAACAGAGUCUUGUCCGGUUGGGAACCUGUAAUUGAACCAUGGAAGUGUAGUGUGUCGUGGAAGAAAACUUUGUCCCUGGAUUUGACUUACAACAGAUUAAACGUAUCAGUUGAGUCCAGCGAAACUGAUAUACUGGACAUCAACAUCACAUCAACAUUAAUAGAGCUGUACAAACAAGUAAAAGAGAACUGGACUAAAGAUUAUUACAAAGUAAAGGAUACAAAAACUGUACAAAAGCCCGACAAUCCGCCAAAUCCAGCCUAUCGUUCUCGGUCACCGUUUAUUCCUUACGCCUUGAAAAACGAAACUGGAUCUUUAUUAGGAUUCACUACUAUUAUAACGGACAUUAAUCAAAGUGGAUCGUAUAAGCACAAUGCAAAUUGGAUUUCUGUAGAACCAGGACAGACGGUGCCUUUCUCGUUCACCGGAAGAGAUAAAAUACGUCACCAGGAUUCACACAAGCUGAAAAUGCACCAGCUAGGCGUAAAAGUGGACGGAUGGCAGGCCGUCAAUCCCGUAACAAUCGACAAAGUCGGCACGUACUUCAGACAAGCCGAAGCCGAAAUCAAAUCCAGGACGCAACAGGAGUUGCCGCCGGCCCGAAUAGUCUUCGACGUGGAACUGGAAGGAUCGGCCCGCAAACUGGUGACUGUCAGGUCAGCGUUACAAAUCGUAAACAGGCUGCAACAAGACGUCGAGGUCAAACUGGAGUCGCGCCUACCGCACGACACGUUGACUUUGUGGGCACCCAGUAAGACGUUUAAAAUCGAGACUGAAUCCACCCUGGCGGUGCCCAUUGUACACGCUCACUCGGAGAUAAGCAUUAAACCGGUGGGCUUCCAGUACCAGUACAUAUAUUGCUCGCCCACUUUGUCCUGGUUGGACAUGCCAUCCAGUAGCGAUGUGUGGCACGAAGUCAGGACUUGUCACACCCACAAGGGGAAGAAUUAUAAGUUCUGUGCGAAGAUGUGUCGAGUUAAAUCGCUGUACGAGAGGUCUGGUGUGAUUGAACAACCGGCGCAUAGGAUUUUUCUGUUGCCUAUCGUUAAAUUGAUUAAUCUGUUGCCUAUUGACUUAAGCUAUAGCUUGUCGGGGGAUUCGGGGAGGAUUCUGCCUGGCUCCAACGCUGGAAUUACGAACGUAAACACAGAUAGUGAUAUAAAACUGGAGAUUUCCAUCGAAAACUUCUCAUCCAGUGGUACAAUAAUAGUGCCCUCCACAAAUUUCGCUGAAGUCAACAGCCGGAUUUGUCUCAAAGACGUACGUGGAAGAAAACUCUACCUUUCAGUACUAAUCACUCCAAACAGAGAGGCAAAACUUAAGAUUACAAUUUCGGCAUCGUAUUGGAUCAUAAACAGAACCGGUUUGCCACUGGUCUUCCGACAAUCCGGAUCGUCCAGCGAAAGUGCGGGUCAAUUCGAGGACCACGAAAGGGCCAGGAUGGCCUCACCCCUCCUGUUCAGUUUCUCGGACAACGAUGCCAGCCCUACUAUUAACACUCGAGUGGGAAAUCAAGUGAUUCAAUACGGGAUACCUCAAUGGUGCACCAAUUUCCACGUGCAAAAAGGUACGCAAGUGAAGAAGUUGCAUGUUACAAUGCAGGAUGGACGACCGGAUAAAGUUUUCGUUGUCGGUUUGGAAGUAAGACAGGGAAAGGGCAAGUACAGGUCAACUAACAUCAUAACAAUCUCGCCCAGGUUCCAGUUGCACAAUCGCAGUUCGUACGAAUUGAUUUUCGCCCAAAGUUGCGAUGUCAAGUCGGAUCCGAAUGCAAGAAAAUCGUCUCUGAAAGCGAUGCCCAACUCUAACAUGCCCUUCCAUUGGCCGAGGCUGGAGAAGGAGCAGCUAUUAUGUGUUGCCAUUCAGGACAUUCCUGACAGCUGUUGGUCUGGUGGACUGAAAAUCGACGACAACAAAUCACUUCACGUAAACGUCAGGGACUCGAAUGGACGCGUGUAUUUCCUGCGUUUGGAAGUGGUGCUGCAACGUGCGACCUUUUUCAUAAUAUUCAGUGACGCCGACACGAUGCCACCCCCAAUCCGCAUCGACAACUUCUCAGAAGUAUCAAUACAAUUUGGCCAAACAUCCUGCAAGGAUAUUUUGAGCACGGCAAGGGCCCAUUCCAGCGUUCCCUAUGCCUGGGACCAACCCACGCAACCCCACUGCCUUACUUUAAUCGCUCCUGGUGGUGUUUUACACACCUACGACAUGAACAAACUGGGCGAACAUCCCGGCUUAACUUACGAGAACUUCAUCUACAUUGCUUUCGUGGAAACGUUUAAAAAGUCUAAAGAUUUGUUGGACCCGCCCGACGUUGAAAGUCACGAACUGGUACUGGAUGUGGUGAAAAACAACCACGUGGUGCUGUCGCACAAGUACCAUGGACAACGAUCGCAGCUCUGGAAAAUGACGCCAGAAGGUUAUUUGGUACACGAGGGCAGCAUUCCACCUUCGCAUCCUCAUCAACCCCGCUCUGACAAUAUCCUGGUAUUAGACAUUGAGAACACUGCACCACAACCAAAUAAUUAUUCCAGACUAAUGUUGAGGAGAUUGGAUCCGCGUAGAGAGUCCACCCAAACUUGGAGAUUCACACCAGAGGGUCGAUUGCAGUGCAAACACUACAACGUUUGCGUUCAGGCGCAGGACGGUUUCUUUGGAUUGAGGGAAGGAAAUAAAGGUCUCGGUCACUGGACCCAAUGGAGCUCGGCCGUUUUGGGUCUCCCGCAACCCAUCUGCCACAAGAUGACGGACAAGGGCAUCCCCAUAGAGCAGGCGAUAGACAAACAAUAUCUGAGGCCUGGUUCAGGAGAUCUGCAAGUCAAAAUUGCCAUGGACGGUCCAACUAGAGUAUUGACCAUCAAGGAUCGAAAAGAAAAAGACAGUUACGCCGUCACGGACGAACGUGAGUGGGGAAUAAUCUCGCAAAAGCAACGUCCGAAUUUAUCGCUAGACGACGACGAGCAAAACAACAGUGGCGAGCUGCAGUUUAUGAUGAAUCUACAGGGCGGAUUAGGCAUUAGUGUGGUGUGCAGAAGAGGCCCAGAAGAACUUCUCUACGCGUUGUUCUCAGGUAUCGUCGGUGAGGCCACCCUCACUCCUUUAACCAGAAAGUUUUGUGUAACUGUUGGAGACAUUAGAAUUGACAACCAGAUGCUGGAGUCUUCGACGCCUGUUGUCCUUUACGUGACGCCGCCAGGAAGAAUUGUAGAUGAGGCCACACAAAUGUUGCCGGCUUUGUACUUUAGCUGCGAAAUUGAGCAACAACAAAACAAAAACGCGACCAUAUUCAAGCAUUUAAUAUUGAAACUCAAGAAAAUCUCGAUCAUCAUAGAAGAAAGAUUGUUGCUGAAGCUUUUCGCUUUUAUCGGCAUGCAUUCACAAGAAGACGAACCGGUGAACAAAGUUGAAAACGAUUAUGAAAUACAAAGAUUAAUUUCGGAAGUGUGUGCUACUCACGUCCAACGGUUUUACUUUGGUGUUAUUAUGUUGACACCUGAUCAAAUUAGACUGACCGUCAAAACGGCCACCAAACUUCCACAGCAUUUGCAGCGGAUAAAACGAAAACUGGGCUUGAGACUAAUUAAAUUCGAAGAUGCAGCCAUCGACCUCGAGGCCUUCGAUAGAAAACAUCCCUUUGAAACUAGUCAAUUCUUAAUUAAAACCAUCAUCAAACACUUUAAAGACGAAUUAAUGUGGCAGGCCGGCGCAAUUCUGGGAUCCAUUGAUUUCAUCGGCAAUCCAUUAGGAUUGAUGAACGACGUCUCUGAGGGCGUUUCCGGUUUAAUUUUUGAAGGAAACGUCGGCGCACUCGUCAAGAACGUCACACACGGUCUCUCCAACUCUGCUGCGAAAGUGACUGAAUCUUUAUCGGACGGCCUAGGCAGCGUGGCUAUGGACGACUCGCACGAAGAGAUCCGACAUAAAAUCCGGCAGGUAGAGACUGGCAACAGCAAAGACCACAUUUUAGCUGGCAUCAAGGGAUUGGGAUUCGGAAUAUUGGGCGGAGCCACCGGUAUAUUCAAACAGGUUUACGAGGGCGCCUCCAACGAUGGUUUGCCUGGAGUUUUCUCUGGGUUGGGUAAAGGUCUGGUUGGGGCUGUGACCAAGCCCGUUGUUGGUGUGUUAGACUUCGCUUCUGAAACGGCCAGAGCCGUCAGAGAAACCAGCAGAAGUAAAUCAAUACCUGAGAGGUUUAGACUUCCAAGGUGUGUGCAUGGACCUGGUGGAUUACUCCCAAAGUACAGUGCUACUCAGAGCUUGGGUCAACAAUAUUUAUACAUGGUUAAUGAUAAGAAUUAUGAAGAGCAAUUGGUAGCUUAUCAAAUAUUAGGCAGCGCUUCAGAGGAUCUACAAUGCAUUGUGUCAAAUAAGAACGUGAGAAUUGUAGCAAACACUCAACCUUUAGAUUUAACUUUGGUGAUUGACUGCCAUUUAAAUGAUUUAGAAGUGUGCAACGUAAUAACUGAAACAGAGGGUGGUGAGACUCGUUAUUACAUAGAAAUAGUGAUGCAUUUGAUUGGAACGAACGCAGCUUUAGUCAAUUUGGAUCCGGUGAGGAAACCGCGGGUCAGAUGCAGGAAUUUGGAGUUGGCUCAAUCGGUGGCGUCACAGAUCAAUUACGCCAAAAGAUUAUAUGUGGAUCAUCAGUACACGCUGACCUAUGACAAUAUGGAAGACUGAGAUGUAUGUGUUAUUUGGUUAGUUUGUUUUUUAUUAUUUCAGCCGAACAAAAUACGCAAAAGAAACUCAGGUCAUACAUAUUUAUUUAUGUUUUGAUUAGCGUCUAUAUUAAUUGACAGUUGUUAUUAUUUGUUUAUCUGAUGAAUUUAAGUGCCUUUGUACCUGCAUUUGCUUGUUUCCUUUUUAUUUGUGUAAAUAAUAUAAUGUAAAUAAUUGUAGUUAGCUCGUUUAUGUAAAUAAAUAACGGGAUGUUUUUUGUUGACGCGUAUAAUUGUUAUUUUGUCAUAAUAUAUAUAAUUUUUUACCAAAGAUGUAUGUAAUCGGAAAAUAAAGGAUAUAUAAUAUAUAA